AUGAGGGAUAGAAUUCAACAACAAAUCGAUUUAGCUAAAAUAAAUGGAGAUGCUCUCUUAGUUGGUGUUCAAGAAUGGAUGAACAAGGCAGACAUUGAAAUAUCCAAAGUGGAAGAGUUUGUUGAAGAAGAAACGCAAGCCAAGAAGACGUGCUUCAACUUACGACCUUGUGUAAAUUUCAGCACCCUCUACCAUUACAGAUUGGUAGACCUUUACCAAAGAAAGAAUCUUGAUGAUAUUGAUACCCACAAGUUGGCGUUGGGGAAAAUCAUUGAAGCUAUCAAAGAUGAGAGCAUACAAAUGGUUGGAAUUUAUGGAUCAGGAGGUGUAGGGAAAACAACAUUAGCCAACGAAGCUGCUGCUGAAGUGAAGAAUCUAUUUGCAGAAAUAGUGUUUAUAACUGUCUCACAUAAUGUAGACGUUAAAAACAUUCAAAAGAAUGUUGAAAAGUCCGCAAAGCGAAUAAUCAAUGGGGAGAAGAUACUAAUCAUUUUAGAUGACAUAUGGAAAAAGCUAGUCUUCCAUGUGGGGAUGGCCACAUGA